AUGUUGCAGAGCGUCUCACACAUCUGCCUGCUGGCCCUGAUGUUGCUGCUGCUGCUCUUCUCUCCUCUUGGAUGGAGCAAAGAGAGACAAACCCCAGGAUGCCACCUAUACCCCAUCAAUGUGACGAUCCGCAGCGACCGUCGCGGCACUUGCAAAGGGACCCAUCUGGUGUACGCCUGCGUGGGCUACUGCGAGUCCAGCGCGUUCCCGUCCCGAUACUCGGUUCUGGUGGCCUCAAACUUCACACACAACAUCACCUCUGCUUCACGCUGCUGCACUAUCAGCAAGGACGCCAAGGUCAAAGUUCGCCUGGACUGCCCGCGAGGUCGGCACUACGACGAACUCGAGAUCCUGACGGCGAAGGCGUGUCGCUGCGACAUGUGCCGCAAAUCCCGCUACUGA